AUGACCGGAGUAUCACCGAGUACAAAUGGGAUGGAUGUUUCCCCACUGAAGCGCUCAUCGACCGAAGCUGGCCUGGAUUCUCCCGACAGCCGAUCUGGGCCUGCGAGGCGUGCCCCCAAGAUCUCUAAAGCUCGCGCAUGUGCAGAGUGUAAAAGACACAAGAUUCGAUGUGAAUUCAAACCAGGAGAAUCAAAUUGCACAAAAUGCAAUCGCACUGGUGUAAAAUGUGUGAUUAAUGACUUUUCACAAAAAUUCGUUGAUGACGACGGGAUAUGGAAAUCACAGGCGGAUUCUAGCCUAUCUCAGCUUCAUGCGGCUGUGUCGCAGCUCCUGCAACAGGCGGGAUUGCCUGAGCUGUCGACCUUUUCGGGUGAAAAUCGCAAUGGCCCCAGCCCGGCCGCCUCUAACCACAUUCAUCGGCCGUCUAUUGAUGCUACCCAAUCGCAUACCUACCUCCAGGAGGGGCCGGGAGUGGUGAUGGAUGUGACCCGGGAGCCUUCCCAGGAGCCUGAUCUCCAAGACCCUGAGCUAGUUCCAGCGCCUAUGCGUAGUCUAUACGAGGUCACAAAAUUACGCAACUUGCGAAACAAUCAUAUAGAGGCUCCAAAGAAGACGCUUUUAGAGGAAGAUUUCAUUUCGCGCGGUCUUAUCUCAAUACACGAGGCAGAAGAGCUUUUCGCAUACUUUAGCCGCACUAUGAAUCAACUGCUUUGGGGCGGGAUAAUUCUAGUACAUCGUGAUCUGACAUCCGUUCGCCGCGCAUCAACGCUACUUUCCGUUGCAGUUCUGACUGUAGCGGCCCUUCACAUCCCUAAUCGAACAGAGACGUUAAGCCUGUGCUAUAAUGAGUAUGUUUCGUUAGUUUCUACCAUGGCUCUCACACGAGCCCACACCCUCGACGAUAUAAGAGGUCUCUGUGUCGGAGCAUUCUGGCUGUCAGAACUAAGCUGGAAGCUUUCCGGACAUGCGGUUCGAAUUGCGACCGAGAUGGGUCUGCAUCAGAGUUAUCAACGCCUGACUCGGGGUCGCUCUGAUCAAUAUGAGCGCGCACAGCUUUGGUACUUGCUUUAUGUGUGUGAUCAUCACUUCAGUAUAGCCUAUGGACGACCACCUGUUAUCCACGAAGACGUGGCCAUUCGAAAUUAUGAAAGCUUUCUCAAAUUGCCCAUGGUGGUGUCGGGAGAUGUACGAUUGCUGGCCCAAGUCGCGCUCUUUAUGAUAUUGACUGAAGCAUAUCGAAUGUUUGGCAGUGACGCUGAGCAGGCUUUGACCGAAGAAGAUUUCAGCGAGCUGCGAAUACACAACGUAGCAGUUGACCAAUGGCGGUUACUGUGGCAGCCUCGAUCAGCCGAUAGCGCGUAUGUACGAACAUACCCAUCAAAGGGAGUAGUUCUGCACUACCAUUUUGCCAAAUUCCAACUAAAUUCACUCGCCCUCCGUGCGAUUUCACCCUCAAACACACCAUCUUUCUCAAUGGACCGCAAAGAAGCAGCCAACAUAGCCAUCUCAUCAGCAAUGGCCUGUCUAAACAUGGUACUAGAAGAGCCUGAUAUCCGAGAUGCAAUCGUCGGUGUCCCCAUUUUCACCCAUACAAUGGUCACCUUCUCCGCAGUCUUUCUGUUAAAGGUCGCCAUAAACUGGAACUCGGCCUAUCUCAUUAUUAACGCGCGCCAGGUGCGACGACUCGUCGAGCGGGUGAUUGAUCUUAUGAAUUGUGUUUCAGCAGGCGAGCGACACUUGACACGGCACAUUGCACGUGGCCUAGGGAAAAUGUUAGAACGGUUCGACUCGUGGGAGGCUGCUUGGCAAAUGGGUACUCAGCAUGGUGAUGCUGUAGACAGUCAUGAUGUGCCAGGGGGCGCAAAUGCCAUGGCUCAGGGUUUUCCGCCGCCUGAUCUGAUAUAUGGCAUGGUUGGAACGUAUGGAUUUGGGCUUGAUGAGAAUCUACUAGACCCCAGCCUGGCUGAUUUUGAGUUCUUGACACAAUAG